AUGUGCGUUUCCUGUCACGAACGUUUCCCUCGCGCUCAUCCAACCCUCGCACUGUUUCAUCCCAUCUCGCUUAUCCACAUCUCAUCCAUCACCCCGAUGAAGAAGAUCAAAAAGGCCGUUCAUCGCAUCAAGGUGCGUGCUUCGGCCACGCACAAGCGCAUCCGAGGACAGUUCUCGGCCAUGCGCGAGCGUAUCCGAGGAAGGCUUUCAGCCAAACGCAAGUCUAACAAAGCGACGACCUCGGAGGACGCAGCUUCGGAUGUCCCGCAUGAAUCUGACGUGGAUGGAGCUUCGGAGGCCCCAGCACCGGAGGUCUUGACUGAGACCGACCGGGCCAUUGAGGCAGCUGCGGGGUUCACAGUUUCGACGGUUCCACAUGAGUCCUAUCAAGCCAUGGAUGCAGUGCCAACAUUGAAGAGGAUUCCACACGCGUACACCGAUGCCCCGCUUUACUAUAUUAGCCAUACUGUUGAUGAGUUGAAGGAAAGGCUCUUGUUGCAGUUUGGCACAGAGUGGGAAUCGUACGAGAACAGAUUCCUCGCCGAUAUGGAAAGAUUCCCCCCGGCGGUGCUGGAGGACCGACAGAGUCCAUGCCCACUUGCUUGGCUGCCGCUGAAGGUUCGCGCCAAGAUUUGGAAGUACGCUUUCGACGACGGUAAGGACGCCGUAUUCCUCACGAAGAAUGGGAUGGUUCCCAAAAUGCCGACUGCCAUGCGAUUUGUCUCGCUCAACUGGAUGUCAGAGGCGUGGUUUGCAUACGUCAAUGCGCUCAGCAACAGAACUUUGGUGCUGAUGGAUUUCCCUCGUCACGCCUACCUUCAACGGCCAUGCCCGGUUAUCGAAGCUCUGAUGACAGUCCGACUUCGAGAGGUCAAAUUCGCGCUGGGUGACAACGACCCCAUGAAGGCCAAUAAGCGCACAUGGCAAUUCGUCCACUUCAUUGUGAAGCAGAGGAAUCGUGGAUUUCUCACCGUCCGCACGUUGGUCAUCGAAUUGAGAAAGAACUGGGCAUCUAGCCACUUCAACGAGCUGGAUCUCGCCGGGCUGUUGACAAGUGGCGCCUUCACUCAAAUUGAGCGAAUUCGAAUUCAUGGAAUGAUCACAAGUAAGCGACUCGACCGCCUUCUGGAGCGAGCCCAACAUGUUGCGCAAGUUUCGAUGUGGUGA